ACACACACAGACACAUACACGUGUAUAUACAUAAAUACAUACAUAUACACACAUAUAUAUAUAUAUAUAUACACAUCGAGAACUUUAGUAAAACGUGUCUGAAAGAACGGACAUAGUUGGUGAACAUUUAUCUAUAGAUUAGUGAUAGCUCGUUAAACGAUAUUUAAAUGAUUAAAAUUGUGAAAUAACUGUAGGAAUAAAUUGGCGGGAAAAAUAUGAAAAUCUUUUCGAUAUAAACAGAUCGUAAAUGAUAUUUCUUCUCGCGAUAACAAAAAACCUAAAACAGAGAGAAAAAGAGAAAAGAGAAAGAGAAGAGAAUAUAUUUAUUAUCGAGAAUGCGUACCUUAUGGUCGAGUUUGGAAAGAUCUCGUCCAUCUUUGUUUAAUACGGUUUCAAUAUCGAGAAAAAGAAUUGUCGUUAAUUGUAACGUUCAUGAGAAAUACGAGGAAAAUAAAAAAGAAAUGAAAAUAUCCACUCCCGGGGAGUCUUACGAAAGAAAAUAUGUAACUACGGCUACUACUACGACUAAUAUUACGUUACGGGAACCACCAAAACCAAAAGGAUUUCCGGUAUUUGGUACCAUCUUUGAAUUUUUAACUACCGGUGGCGCUAAGACGCUUCAUGAAUACGUUGAUCGUAGACACAAAGAAUUAGGACCAAUUUAUAGAGAACGUAUUGGUCCUAUAAUGGCGAUUUUUGUUAAUUCACCACAGGAAUAUCGAAGGAUUUUCCGACUUGAAGGACCAAUGCCUAAACAUUUUCUUCCUGAACCAUGGGUUCUCUAUAACGAGCUACGAUCUUUACAACGAGGAUUGCUUUUUAUGAACGGAGAAGAGUGGUUACAAUUUCGGCGAAUAUUAAAUAAGGUGAUGCUGUUGUCAGAUCCAACCGACAUGUUUGUUGGUCCAUGUCAAAAAGCUGCUGAGGGAUUAGUAGAAAAAUGGACAAGUCAAAUCAGUAACGAUAAUAUUUUAUCACAAUUGGAAACACAACUUUAUCAAUGGUCGAUCGAAGCGAUGUUGGCGACUCUAAUGGGAUCUACGUGGCACCGUCAUAAAGCAAAUAUAUCACGGGAUUCAGAGAAUUUGGCGAGAACAUUGCAUAAGAUAUUCGAAUAUACAGCUGAAUUAUCAAUAUUACCGGCAAAAUUAGCGAAAACCUUGAGAUUACCUUCUUGGAACAGGUUCGUUGAAUCUGCUGAUUCGGCGUUAAGUAUCGUUCGAACAUUGGUACCGGAAAUGGUUCGCCUUGGAGGUGAUGGUCUGUUGCAGACGAUGAUGGAAGAAGGAAUUCGAGACGAUGAUCUCGUUAGGAUAGUAACCGACUUUAUUAUAGCUGCUGGAGAUACGACGGCUUUCUCCACUCAGUGGAUGUUAUUUUUACUUGGUAGUGAUCCAAAAUUGCAAGAGAAAUUGUAUGAAUCAAUUAAAAAUCUUUCAUCGAAGGAAAUAUUACGUGAUUCAUUGAUAAAAGGAGUCAUUAAAGAAACACUUAGGCUCUAUCCAAUAGCUCCGUUUAUCACGAGAUAUUUACCAGAGGAUAACGUGAUAGGUGGUUAUUUCGUCCCUAAAGGGGAAUUACUUUUACUGUCAUUAUAUUCGAGUAGUAGAGAUGCUACGAAUUUUCCACGACCAAAUGAAUUUUAUCCAGAACGAUGGAUCCGAACGGAAAAUGGUAAUUAUCAGGAUGUAGUCCAUCCUCAUGCUAAUAUACCAUUUGCUUUAGGAGCAAGAAGUUGUGUCGGUCGAAAACUCGCAGAAAUUCAAAUAUCUCUUGUUUUGGCUGAGCUUGUUCGUACUUUUAAGAUAAAAUGCAUGAAUAAAGAUGAAGUGAAAUUGAUAUUGCACUUGAUCUCUGUACCGUCUAAACCGAUAAAGCUUAAAUUAAUACAGAGAAAUUUUACAGAAAGAUAGCAGAUAAGCCAAAAAUAAUAUCAACGAAUUAAAUAUGAAGAUUUAUACAUUUUUGGUAACUUUUUACAUUUUAGUAUAUUUAAUUACAUUAUUUUAUUAACUAGAUGGUUAAAAGAGACAAGACAAUUUUUUUACAACCUCAUAUUAUUUGUAUAUACAAUUUAGAAAUUAAAUUAUUAUUUAAGUAAUAAGAAUGCUGCAAGUUAUAAAAAAUGUGUGCGAUUUAGUAAAUUUAGU